AUGCCACAAAGUCUCAGAAACCCAGCUGUUCGGCAAUUUCCGUCAUAUGCGGGGGUAUCGGAAAUCUCGAAUUACCUUCAAGCCAGAUCUGAUAAGAUCAACUGGACGAUCGUCGCUCCUGGAGGGUUUCUAGAAUAUGUUUUUGACUUGCCGUUUGUGCUGGAAUUAGCGAACCGGAAGAUUGAAAUUAUAAAUGGAGGCGAUAUUCCCUUUAGUGUCUCGGAAUUCGGUACGACUGCAAAAUGGAUUAUUGGGGUGUUGAGACAGCCCAAAAGAGGUGUUGAUCACUGCGUGCAGACCCAUGCCACGACUGUAACACAAAAUGAAGUUUUCGGGCUUGUCAAGAAGUACGACCCGAAUCCCGAGAGCUGGACGGUCCUUCAGCAAGAAUCCAAUGUCAAGCUCGAAAGAGGUAUGGGGAUGAUUAAAAAUGGAGAUUUCUCUAUGAAUGCUAUAUCAACUAUGAUGUCUGGUAUAAUAUGGAGUGGCGAUUAUAACUUGGCCUUCAAGGAAACUGACAAUGAGUGGCUUGGUGUUGAGAUGAUCACUAAGGAAAGGCUCGAGGAGUUGAUUGAAGACAAAGUCAUUCAUGGGGCUACGGAUGUUGGUUCAUCCCAGAUUGUGUCUAAUGUCGGAUAG